AUGUAUCCAUCUGUUGUUUCGCGCAUUUCGCCAAUCUCUCCGAGGUCACACAAGGGUCAACCCGCAAACGCAUUCGAUCUACAGUCUGGAUUUCCAACGCUUCACACUCGUCAGCCUGAUUCGAUAACAGAUACUCAUCUACGAACAGGUCAUGCACAUCAAGUAUCAGGAACCGGCUCCGGCGCUGUGCUUGGUCUACCCAGUACAAUCGAUCCUUGCCUUCUCGGCGAGUUUGACUUGACGCAAUUUAAUCUCAACGAGGAUUGCAACGACGAUAUGUCCGGUUUAGACGCGUUCGACUGGACAACCACUAAUGGUCUCGACGUGCCCAUGGAUGAGGAGCCUUUGAACGGGAUCAACGCAAAUGCAUUCCAAUUCGGUGACUCCUCUCAGGAAAACCAAACUGGUCAAGGAUUCGUGUUUGCGAUGGUGCAAGAUAAACCCGGUGAUCAGUCAUAUCAGUUGGUCAACCAGAAUGAGGUUGGACAAGUGUCGACUGAUUUGGUUCCUGUAGAGCCGCAUGGCAACCAACCUAUUGAUCAUACCUAUGACUUCUCUCAAGAUCUCGGUCUCUGGGAUGCUAACUUCCAGAUGCCAUCUCAGUUCUUGGACACCACUCCCGGCUUCUCAGUGAUUCCAGGUGGCAACGCGUUCAUGCCGGACAUGUCGCAGUACCCUGUUGCUGCCCAGCCUUCACAGACGUAUCCUGACCCAUUCACUUCGAUGUACCCAGUCCAGCCGUACUACCAACCAACACAGCAGCCGUAUCCGCAACAAUACAACAGACAUGUGGCGAUGCCUACCGAGCAGCAUACUGGAUCACACCAACUGAACAGAACCUUUCCUUCAAGCUCUCGCCAAUCCAGUCGCCCUGCUCCCCAAUCACCCAAACGUAAACCUACUCGAUCUGAUCCCGGAUUUGAUGACAACGCUUAUGUCGCCAAGCAACCUCCCAGGCAGCUUACACAUCGAACCCGGUCAUCAGUAGAUACCCGUCACGGUUCUAACGUUUCCUGCGCAAGCUCGGUCAGCAAGCCUGUCAGGGUAGCUGUCGUCAAAGCUGGGGAGAAGCCAAAGAAAUGCGACGACAAGCCCUGGGUUCGUGUAAACAACACAACCAGGGGCGAAACCACACGCACCGCUCGAAUCAAUCAACACACAGAAGAAGGUCGUAAGUACAAAACCAAACCUCUUCCUCACGGCAACUGGUCAUCAUCGGGGUUCAGGUUCGAGUACAGUCAAAACAACGGCAUGCACGAGUUCAAGAAGCGUACCAUGACUGCCCGCGAGAUUCAUGAGUACAUUACACAGUAUCCCGGCGACAAUUUGCGCAUCUGGAUUCAGCCCGUAGCCUCAGACUCUGCGCGCCGCUAUGCUUCUGCAUCUCACAGUCACUGUCGCUUCGAAGCAUGCCCAAUGCGUGUGUACACCGGCAAAGGCACAGCUGAAGUCGGCAACUACCGCGUCGCGUUCGACGAAAAGCACCGAACCUACGGCACUGGUGUAGUCGAUCCGUACGACUGUGUGGGCUUCGCUCAUCUAUACUGUAUGGAGCGCUUCCUAGACUUUGCCCACAUCUGCCAGGUCGCUAACGUCAAGGUUGAUCAGCGUGUAGGCAUGGAAAAAGAGCCGAAAGGUCAUUUCGCAUCCGCAUUUGGUUCGAAACAUCAUUAUGAAGCGGCUUUGGCUAGCAAGUUCAUCGAAGCUACUAGUAAAGGGCGGUUAGCUGACACUCACGAGUUCUCGGACUACCCUGUCCAUGAACACUACAAGGGCGGUCAUCCUAAGCCUCACGAACGUACGCUCAUCUAUGCGCUCUACGGCAUGAACAUGAAACAUCGUGCGAAAUCCCAAAUGAAACAGUUCAUCCUCCAGCGGAAAAUUCGCCCCGGUUCUUUCCCUGUCCACCGCGGUGACAUGGAAGUCAAGCUCGUGGACAAGAAAAUUGAGAAAAUGGAUGUCUUUGCAGACUUCAAACGAGAGGGAUCAAAGAAGGAAUUCGACUACUCGGCCUACUACGAUAUUCUUAAUCCGGAAAUCAACCAGCGCAUUGCGGAAAUGGAGAAGAAGCGAGAUGAAUUCAUCAAAGAAGACGAGGCAGGUAUUGGUGGUAAGCGCAAAACACCGCGCCGGACCAUUACUUUCGCAGAUUCAAAUGAUGAGCGACGGACUCCUUCGCGGAAGCGUUCGCGUUCUAAGAAGCGUCAAGCAUCCGAAAUCGACUCAUCCGAGGACGAGCGCCCGACACUCAAACGCACGUCUACGGCACGAUCUACAGGACGCAUAACCACCAUCGACGACUCCGACGACUCUGACGAAUUCGAGAAAAUGAUCAACGGCACCAAACCCCGUCAGGAUUCCCGCGCAGGUCUCCGCAAGAAACAACGUAUCAACUAUUCCGAACCCGCCGACCUCCCUGCCCAAUCUGUCGUCCCUCCUCCCACCGACGCGUUCAUGUCUAAUUACGCCCCCGCAAUCCCGUUCGACGACCGCAAACAAAGCCUAAGCGCUUUCUUUCCCGCGAACAACGAUCCUUCUUGGUCGAAUAUAGAUCUCGACGCCUUUCCUAUCAAUGGCAUGGAUGAUGUAUAUAUGGAUGAGGCGGCUGUUGAUGCGCUGAUCGAUGCAGGUGCGAAGUAUCGGCGGCAGUCUUCUACGUUUGACAAUGGGCCGUGGUUAUCUGGAUCCAGGACUGCGAGCUUCAAUUCACAACCUGUGUCUGGAAGUAAAGAUUUUAGGUGUGAGGACCCGCCUAGUCGUGUUUCGGAGAGGGGAGUUUUAGAGGUCGGCGAGGGCGAGCAACAGGUGACGAGAAGGAGUCAAAGGUUGGCUAGUAAGGGUACGCCGGCUUCUUCUGUUGCUGGGUAGUUUCGGUAGCUAAGCAUGUUCGGGUCGGUAUUAAGCAGGGUUAUCUCUGAUCCGAGCAGGACUUGAUAUUAGUUACCAAACUAACACCUCGUUCAUAAAGACCGUAUACAGAUGAUACAUAUAUACAACGCUUAGCUCAGGCCUACCAAAGUUCAUCUCCAUCAUGUUGCUGUUUCCGCAUAUCCUGACAGUAUAAUGCUGGAUCUUCAUCAUGUCCCAGUCCCUGUCUUCAUCCAG